UCUCAUGUAUCCUCGCACCGCGCAGCAAAAAUUAAUUCGCUACAUUCCACCGCGCAUAUACGAGCACACCCACCUCCUUUAUUGCUCCAUUCAAUUAUAUGCUGCUACUUAAAUCACGCUGAACGCAUCUCCCACUCUCCACUGUCCACUCUCCACUCUCCACUCUCUCCAACUCCUCCCCGUCGCCAUGGAUAGAAGAAGCUCACGGAGGUGGAGAUUUUUAUCCCUCUUCCUCACCGCACUCCAUCUGAAUCCAUCUCUAUGCAGCGCCGCAGCCACAAAGGUUUCCCCCAGAACGUACAUCAUCCACAUGGCCAAGUCGGAGAUGCCCGGUUCCUUCUCGCACCACCGCGAGUGGUACGCUUCGACCGUGAGAUCGAUCACCGUCGCGUCCUCUUCUACCAAGCUCGAGGCAGAGGACCCGGCUCGGAGGAUCCUCUACAGCUACGAAACCGCGUUCCACGGCUUCGCCGCGCGGCUCAGCGAAGCGGAAGCCGAGCAGCUGGAGAGCAGCGGCAUCCCGGGCGUGGUGUCGGUGCUCCCGGAGACGGUGUACGAGCUACACACGACGAGGAGCCCGGAGUUCCUGGGCAUAGGGCCGGACGUGAGCAGCAGCGUGUGGUCGUCGGUGCUCGCGGACCACGACGCGGUGGUGGGCGUGCUCGACACCGGGAUCUGGCCCGAGAGCCCGAGCUUCAGCGACAAGGGCAUGGGCCCCGUGCCCGCCCGGUGGAAGGGCGCGUGCGAGGUGGGGCGGGACUUCAAGCGCAGCUGCUGUAACAGGAAGAUCGUGGGCGCCCGGAUCUUCUACCGCGGCUACGAGGCCUCGGCCGGGUCGAUCAACGGGACGAGCGAGUUCAAGUCGCCGCGGGACCAGGACGGGCACGGGACGCACACGGCCGCCACGGUGGCGGGCGCGGCCGUCCCGGGCGCCGACCUCUUCGGCUACGCGCGCGGCACGGCGCGCGGCAUGGCGCCCCGUGCCCGCGUGGCGGCCUACAAGGUGUGCUGGACCGGCGGCUGCUUCAGCUCCGACAUCCUCGCGGCGGUCGACCGCGCGGUGGCCGACGGCGUCGACGUGCUCUCCAUCUCCCUCGGCGGCGGCGUCUCCUCGUACUACCGCGACAGCCUGUCCGUCGCCGCGUUCGGGGCGAUGGAGAUGGGCGUCUUCGUCGCCUGCUCGGCCGGGAACGGCGGGCCGGACCCCAUCAGCCUCACCAACGUCUCCCCCUGGAUAACCACCGUCGCCGCCAGCACCAUGGAUCGCGACUUCCCGGCCACCGUCGAGCUCGGCGGCGGGGCCAACUCCACCGGCGUCUCGCUCUACAGGGGCCGCCGCAACCUCUCCGCGCAGCGGCAGUACCCCGUGGUCUACAUGGGCGGCAACUCCAGCGGCCCCGACCCGAGGUCGCUCUGCCUCGAAGGAACGCUGGAUCCCCAGGCCGUCGCCGGCAAGAUCGUCCUAUGCGACCGCGGCAUCAGCCCCCGCGUCCAGAAAGGCCAGGUCGUCAAGGACGCCGGCGGCGUCGGCAUGAUCUUGGCCAACACCGCGGCCAACGGCGAGGAGCUCGUCGCCGACAGCCACCUCUUGCCCGCUGUGGCCGUCGGCGAGGCCGCCGGGGAAGUGAUCAAGCGCUACGCGAAGUCCGCUCCGCACCCGACCGCGACCCUGACGUUCCAAGGAACCAAGGUCGGCAUCCGCCCGUCGCCGGUGGUCGCGGCCUUCUCCUCCAGAGGGCCCAACUUCCUCACCUUAGAAAUCCUCAAACCGGACGUGGUGGCGCCGGGGGUGAACAUCCUCGCCGCGUGGAGCGGCGCCGCCAGCCCCUCGAGCUUGGCCACGGACCGCCGCAGAGUCGGCUUCAACAUCCUCUCCGGAACCUCCAUGUCGUGCCCGCACGUCGGCGGAGUCGCCGCGCUCAUCAAAGCCGCCCACCCGGAGUGGAGCCCCGCCGCCGUCAAGUCGGCAUUGAUGACCACCGCCUACGUCCACGACAACACGUUCCGCCCGCUCACCGAUGCGGCGACCGGAGGCCCCUCCACGCCCUACGAUCACGGCGCCGGCCACAUCCGACCCUUGAAGGCCCUCGACCCCGGAUUGGUCUACGACAUAACUCCGGACGAUUACUUUGAAUUUCUCUGCACUCAGAAGCUCUCGCCGCUGCAGCUCAAGGUCUUCACCAAGUCCUCGAACAGAACAUGCAGGCACACAUUAGCUUCCGCAGGGGAUCUGAAUUACCCGGCGAUUUCCGCCGUAUUCACGGAGCAGCCGGCGUCAGCGCUGUCGCUCCAUCGGACCGUAACCAACGUCGGCCCUCCGGCUUCGACGUACCGCGUGAAGGUCACGCCGUUCAAAGGUGCGGACGUAAUAGUCGAGCCGAAGGCGCUUCAUUUCACCAGCCAAAAGCAGAGGCUCACUUACAGGGUCUCCUUUCGAACAAAGUCGCCGCAGUCGGCGCCGGAGUUCGGAGCUUUGACGUGGACCGACGGAGUCCACUCGGUACGCAGCGCCGUCGUGCUAACUUGGCUGCCGCCUCUGUGAGCCGAUUCGGUCGAAUCCAGCGACACUAGUUUAGUGCAGCACAAACACCAUGGUCGCCUCUUCCAAAGAGCCUGAUACGAUCAAUCUUGUACUCGUAGGAAAGAGUUUAGUUUUUGUCGAUGAAAAAUAGCUUGUCGACUUUAUGAUGCUUCAAUCAAGACAAGAGUAUUAUCUUAUUGUGCUGAGAUUUACUGAAGCCCUUAAUCUAGUAGCUAGAUUCCCAUAUUUUAAACCAUCACAACUGCAAAUCUUCUUUUGUAGUCGCCCCGAAUUCUCUGCGCUUUGCUGCAAUGUAUGCGUCUGAUUUGUCCAGAGUUUCAUACGCCAAAAUUCAGCAUCCGAUGCACCAGGUUGCUGUUGUCGAGAUUAUUUCCAUAUCAUUUCCUAUCGAAUUGAACUGUCACCUAGCAUGGUGUACGACGAGUAGAGUCAAUUAUAAACUCUUUUGGUUCCAAUUCGUAAAUAAGAUUCUCAUUUCUAGCA